AUGCCAGAUGAUUGGCAGAAGAAUUUAGCCACCGAGGUGGAUUCGAUGCAGAGCAACACCAGGGGAAAUUUACUCACAGAAAUCCAGUUCGAGGCAAUGCGCAAAAAGAAUCUUUCCAUACAGAAGGACAGAGUCACCUCAGAGCUGCUCAGUAUGAAAUCUAGAAUAAAUCAGGCUCAGCUAAAGUGCCGAAACCUAUCAACAGAUAUUCAGCACAGGCUUAGCGAAAACAUGGAGUGCGACCGAAAACUGUGCGAAGCCGAAACAGAUGCCUCGCAUGUCAAAAUGAAGAACGAAUCAUUGGUCGAGAUUCAGCAGCUGAUGGUGAAGAAGGACCGACUUCGAAAGAUUCAUUCGAAUUCAACCAUUCCUGAAGAUCCGGUGCAAAAGGUAAAGUUGCGUUUCUUGCUCUUUAAAAUUCUAUUCUUCAAGUGCGCAUACUGAAC